CCAUUCGUCGCUCCCGUAAUGAACUGGAUCUCUUCCCUCGACAACUCCUGCACUCCCCUCUAGUACCGUGGAAUGGUUUGACCCGUCCUGCACGAUGAGACACUGACAACAAAGAAAGCACAUAGAGAGUGCUUUAAGAGGAGGGAGCAGGAUGUAAACACAGGGAAAAAAGAGGGGUGCUUUGCGGUUUUUUAAUUCCAUUUCCUGGACUAUUAUGGGCGAUCAAUACUGCAUGAGGCGUUUUCGAGUGGACAGGCACAAUAUUACACGUGUGGAUGAGAGGAGUUGAGAGCCGUGUGACGUUUUCCUGGAGUUGUUCUUCUCCGGGUUGGCAUGCAUGCAUGCAGUGGGGGUGAAAUGGGGUCAUUUUCAAGCUGACCAAGAAGACGAGGAUGAUUCUCCCGUUGGUUCUCUUUUCAUGGACAAUGCAAGAAACGCUCGACUAUGUUUUUUGAUUAGUUUCCCACAUCUCAAUGGGUGAGGCCCACUGAUCAAGAACACCCCCGAACAAAGUCUCCAUCCCUGACCCGCAGAGUCCUCCCGUCAAUGCUGGCUCCCCUCGCAUCUGUCGACAUGGCUUCCACCAGCCGGCUGCUGGGUCUGGCCGAGCUGGGGCUGAAAUGUGACCAGGAGAUAGAGAGGCGAUAUGAGAUUGUGCCCUCUGUGGUCUGCUCCAUGAGCUGCCUGUUUGGAAUCGUCUAUUGCUUCUUUGGCUACAGAUGCUUCAAGGCCGUCCUGUUCCUCACAGGCCUCAUGUUCGGGUCUGUGGUCAUCUUCAUGCUGUGCUACAAGGAGAGGGUGAUGGACACUCAGCUCAGCAUUGAGGCAUCAGUGGGCAUCGGCCUCGGUAUUGGGACUUUGUGCGGCCUUGUGACAAUGCUGGUCCGCAGUGUCGGACUGUUCAUGGUGGGCCUGCUGCUGGGCCUGUUGGUUGGGGUGGCUUCAUUGGUGGUCAUGGAGGAAUUUUACCACCCAAGAACAGUCUGGGUUCCUCUGGGAAUCCUUCUGGGUUCUGGGACUCUGUUUGCUGUCCUCACCCUUCAGUGGCAGCGUUGCUUCGUGACCUUCUCCACCGCAACCUUCGGUUCGGCCGUCAUCACAAUCACGGUGGAUUACUUCACAGAGCUGUUCGCAAUGGUGCACUACGUCUAUGAGAGACUCAAGGUGGCACCCAAGAAGCCGGUCUGCUGGUUCACGUGGGUCAUCAUGGGGGUGUGGCCUGUCCUGGCACUGCUUGGAGUGCUGAUUCAGUGGAAAGUCACAGCAGAGGGGUUUUCUCACACGGAGGUGGUUUUGAGUCGACAACAAAGGAGGGUGCAGCUCAUGCGCAUCCGGCAGCGAGAAGAGAGGCUUAAAAAGGAGAAUGAGAACAAGAAGAAGAAGAAACAACAAAACCAGAAGAGCAGCCAAAAGCAGAAGGCCAACGGUCAUCACCACCAGCAGUACCACCACCCGGGGACGUCUCACCCUCAUCACCCAACCCGAAGCACGCAGACCCCCAAAGUCCCUCCCCCUCAUACUGAGCCAGGCUUCCAUCGCAAACCUAACCCCAAAAAGCGCAUUGAAGGAGAUGUGCUCUCACCGAGCUACAUCCGCAGUUUCAGGGACAGGCAAACAGACCGACGAGCGUACUCCCACAGUCGGAUGAUGAGCCGCUCCCGGAUGGCUGAACUUGACUAUGACUGUGGCUCUCAAGUGCCCCUCACAACUCCCUCUGCAGCGACAGUUCGUAUCUGAUGUAUGAAAAAGCACAAAUCCUUCCCAAAAACUAAAUUACAAAAACACGUUGAGUGUGGUUUGGCACGUUCAGGGCUGUGUCCAUAUGGCCUUUGGCUUUUAAUUUAAAGCCGAAAUAGAACCUGAAGUACAGGAACUUGUCACCUGUUUUCAUCGUCAAACAAAUAGCAUCGGAACGUGCAACAAAACUGUCAUAUUAUCUGACAUCCAUUAAAAUCAUGGUCUUUCCAAGUGCGGCUUUAAUUUAUGUCUGCUGCACUUUAGAUUUUGGCCCAAGGAGGAGUCAUAUUGAGUGACUUUUAAAGAAGCUCCUGCCACCUUCAGAAGUCGCCUUUGCUGAAAGCUUUCCCAAGGAGAAGGUUAUUUCCAACAAGUCUCCUCACUGGAAGAUGAACACAACACUUUUCACUGCCUGCUUUUUUUAUAUAUAUAUAUAUAUCAUAAAUCCCUCUGUAAGAGUUUAUGCUCUUAUCACAUCUAUUGACUGGUAGCUGUGUUAGUCCAACCAGCUCUAGUCCAUUGCAGAAAUAUGUACAUUUUCAGUCUUAUCUUUCUCAAAUGAAAACAUCCAUUCAUCUUCUUCACCGCUUACCUGGUUCAGGGGAGCUGAAGCCCAUUCCUGAUGAUUUUGAGCGAAAGGCAAACAUGGCAUGGACUGGUUGCCAGUCAAUCACAAGCACAUAUAUACAGACAUGCAGACAUUUCUCCAUUAUAAUUAUGAUAGAUUAAUUACAGACAAAAUAAUUAGUUAAAAAAUGAACGCAUUUUAAUCUCAAUUGUCUUCCAAAUAACACGGAACUUUUGUCAGUGUACGAUUUCCCGGUACACCGAUUACACUGACGCGCAUAUCAGAGCUUGGCUACCAAAAUGGAGGAAUUGGUUGAAACAGCGAGGGCUGAUGGGAAAUUCACUGGCAAAGUGACCUGCUCUGGACUGUAGACCUAUUUUAGUGGUAGAAGAUAAAAAAGAAAAAUGCGCUACAUAUCAGCAGCGACAUGUGAUCCAACAUUUCUACUGCCACACGGAAACCAUUUAAAGCUGAUGCAGGUACUGUUCUGGAAAAAGAAAAAAAGAAAAGAAACUGUCCUAAAAUGUCAAUUUAACUUUAGGUCUAUUUAAUUUUGGCCAGGGUUAUUUCUGCUGGUUUUUCUACUGGUUUGAAUUGGAAUGCAAUUAAAUGCAUUUUUCCAGAGUUAACAAUAUUCCCAUCUGUGUCAAUGAUUUGAUAGUCGUCCACUAAAACCCAUUUAAAUGUUGCUUUAUGGGAAAAAUAUUUUUUUACAAUUAAAAUGUGAUUAAUCUAGAGUAAGUCAUAACAAAACCUCUAAUUAGUUAAUUUUACUAAUUAUCUAAGUCCCACCCCGACGUUUAAAUUCUAAAGAUCGUUGCCUAAUUUGUUUUUAUAGACAGAAACCAAUCCAUCGUUCCUAUUUUGACUCAUUUAAAUUAUAAAUGAACGAAUGCAGCUUCUCGGCAGAAGUCAGUUAAUUGUAACCUAAUGAGGACAAGCGUCGUAGAAAAUGGAUAGAUGUGGUUUUGUGGGUGAAUAUAUUCUUUGCUCAUUGUUAUUUAAUUUUCUUCUUCAAAUUCCCUGACCCUGUUUAAGACCACAGCAAAGGUCUUUACACAAGCACACAAGCAGCAGUUGUUACUGUAUUUACAGGCCCCAAAAGGAAACUGACUGCUCUGAUCAUGUUGUGCUGUUAAGGCAGACUACACACAACAGUGAACAAACAUGUAAUGAAGUCAAGUGUUACAGUGUUGGUGCAGACACACGAGCCCUUUGGCAAGUGAUGGAUUGUACCAAAUAUUGGCCUACGUGAGGGGGGUUUCUCUACCAAUGUAUGUAAAUGUAACUAUGUGAUGGUUUUUGUUGUUGUUUUUGUUUUUCUUUGGAAAAUACAUGAGUAAAUACCGUAAUUGUUAUAAAUACCACGAAUCCCAUCACGAUGGUUGUGAUGACAUUGAAAUUUGGUUCUAGAUGAGACUCGAGAUGGAAAGAAUUGCAAGGGCGCCCUCUAACGUUUGGAACUGGACUCUGUGUGUAUUCGUGUGGGACUUGUGUGCUGUCUUCUUGUGUUGCACAUCCAGAAAGCAGCAUUUUUAUGGUUUUAUUUUAACUUUGUAUUCGCUUUAUAGUUGUUACUUUCUUAUUGGGCCAUGAAACAAGAAGCCAUUGCUCAACUAAACAUAUAUAUAUUUAAACUUGUACCAAUUUUGGGUUUACAUCUUGUAGAUGUUUUAAUAAGAUAAAACGAAGGAUUGCAAAGACUAUAAUACUGAAGUGCCACAACAUGCAGUAUGUUGUGGUUGUGUUAAUCUUGGCAGGCUUUGCACUUCUUUGAGGGGUACACGUGCACUGUUACCCCUUUCAUGCACGAGUGUCUUAGUCAAACUGUUUUGUGUUUUCAUUGGGUCAGUGUGUCUGUGUGACAUGUGUUCUCGUGACAGUUGAGCAGUCAUAUUAGACUAAUUUCAAAAAGUGGUGAGUCCUGUCCAAAAACCCCAACCACGACAUACUGAAAAUGUUACGAAUUUACCCAGGAAAAAUCAAUAUUUUGCCAUCAUGUCAUUAUUUCAUCAUGCCAAUUUAUGCAACCUGACAUCUUUUCAUAUCACACAAUACAUGCAUGUUUACUAUGAAUUACUAUUCUGCAGCAUUACUUUUUGUGCAAAAAUCCUACUAAAUUCUUGUGAGUGUAGGCUACGUGUAGGUGUUUCUGUUGAUUUGUGACAUGUAAUUUGAUUUGUAGGUCCUCAGCAUCAAAUGCAUUGAAAGGACAGCAGGAUAUGUUCAACUCGUGACAUUCGCGCCGUUGUCCUUCCUUAUUCUGUGUCUUUUCUCUUUCACGUCUCCUCUCGUGUCUUUAUCAUCUCUGUUUAAUCUUUGCAGGAAAAGGGCUUUGAAAAAGAAUGAGAACAUUUCCGUCCUCCCAUACGCAAUGUUUGUAAUGUAAUGUAUUGUCAUCAUUUUGCAUUUUAGCUCAUAUUUGUAAUUUGACAGAUUAUUUUUGUUGCACAGAUGAAUUUGGUGGCAUAUUGGAUUACUACAGUCAAAUUCAGUGAUUUAAAAAAUCACUUUGUUCAAUCACUCUGCAACUCCUGCAAGAUGUGUUUGAGGGAACACUUAUUGUACUGUAGAUAUUAUGAUGUAAAUAACUUUUUAAAUGUACUGAACGUUCGCUGUCGUCAUGUUUACGCUAUGGUCUUGUAGAUAUAUUUUUUUUGCAGCGGGUUAUUUCUUUUGGUGCAGUAGAUAUUUUGAAAUUGUGUUCUUGAAUGUUCAAUUGGUUUGUUUUUAUUUGAAAGCUGUGAGCCUGUGAAGAGAUACUGAUUCACCUUAAUGCCAUCAUUUAAUUUAUUAUUAUUAUUAUUAUUAUUAUUGAGCAUGUCUUUAAAUGGACCUAUGAUAUGAUUAAAUGACA